UGUCUGGAUGUCGUCAUAUGCGAGAUGGUUCUGUGGACCGAGUGGAUAUUAUGAAACAAAAUACAUACAAAAUCUAAUGUUUCGCGUAAGAAAUUAUAAUUGUAUUUUGUACGUCGAUGGACCCAAUCGCCAACUGAACAUUAUUUGCUGUAAAUCGAAUUCGCGGAUUUAUAUAUUUUUUAAUAUAAUCGAUCGGUGAUUGUCUACACUCCCUCUAAUUAACAAACGCCUUGUGGCUAUGACUACGGAUUUACUAUCUGAUUUGGAUAGUCGUUUCUUCGCUGAUAACCUUCUGACAAGCGAGGAUUGGGAUGCCUGUCUGUACCAGUGUGAGAGCAUGGAGGAGGGAGAGGACGGAGAGUACACGAGAGGACCAAAAUAUGAAACAUCGUUUGACAACGAUCUCGUGCUGACCCUUGAUCCCGACAAUCCCACGUCGCCAUGGAGACACCUGGACGACAACCUUCUCACAGGGGACAUUCCCGUACUGAAAGAUGAAAUGACGAUAACGCAGCCUUUGCCAGUGGACAUGUUGUUCCGGGUGAAGGCGGAGCCUCCCUCCCCUGCCUCCUCGCUGGCCUCCGACUGCUCCCUGACCUCACUCCCAGACUCACAGAUCCCAGUGAAAGGAGAGAACCCGCCCACACCUCCUUAUAUGUUUGGAGAUGUGCUGGCACCACCACUUGGCACAUGUGAAGUCACUGUGGCCUCUGCACAACUGGCCCGACCACAGUCCAAACUGCCGCCUCAGCAACACCAAACAUCAACCCACAAUGGCAUGGACACACAGGCCACAGUGCACCCCACUGCGGCCACAAUCAAAGCCAGUACCAUCCUGAGCAGUAAGCCUCUCAUCCAACCCAGGCCUGUGUGUGUAGCGGCUCUCUCCGUCCCCCAGGCUCCCAGUCCAGCCAAGGCCCUCAUACUGCACAGCCUGCCUAGCAGGGACCAGAGCAGGCCUGUGGUGCUUUCCCAGUCAGUCUGUCUGGGGUCCGCGCCAGCCAUCGUCAAAAUGGAGCCCGCCUCCCCCACCAUGCCACACUGCCAUAGCCCCACGGCCCGAUUCCCCAGCAAACCCAUAGUCCCGGCGUCCUCUCUGCCAGGGAGCAACUGCAACGGCGUGGAUGUGAGUGUCUGUCAGUCGCAUGUCAGUCAGUCAGUGAGUAGUUCUCUUUCACGCUCUACAUCAACCGCUGCCUUACCCCGGGCUUCACUGUCAGAUCACACGCCCAGUUCUGCCGUGAUUAACUGCCAUGUGUUCUCCCCUCCGACCGGGUCUCAGAUGAAGGUGAUGAAGAGGCAGCAGCGGAUGAUCAAGAACCGGGAGUCGGCGUGCCAGUCACGCAAGAAGAAGAAGGAGUACCUGCAGAACCUAGAGGGCCAGCUGAGAGAGGUGCAGCAGGAGAACGAGCACCUCCGCAGGGAGAACCAGGCCCUGAGGGAGAGGCUUGCCGGGAAAGAGGGCAGUGAAUCUGGUAACAACAAGAGGGCCGUCUGUGUCAUGGCAGUGCUACUGUUCAUGACCUUCAGUUUCGGCCCUGUCAGUAUCACAGACAGGAAGCUGGAGACGGGGUUACAGGAAGAGGUGGUCCCUCACACAGGAAGACAUCUCCUGGAGUUUGAGACGGCUCGGGAACAUAGCAGAGUGGAGGAAAGGAUAGAUCCUGAGGAGGAGGGAGGAGAGGAUGGGUGGAAGGGAGGAGAGGUGGAGAGGGAAUCCACUGAUUCUUACCAGUUUAGGAACCUGAGUGACGUGUUCAGCGACGUGAAGGACCUGGUCCUGCAGGACAUCGACCGCUAUUUCACCUCCAAUGACUGCAGGCAGUUCAACCGCUCCGAGUCCCUCAGGCUGGCAGAUGAGCUGAGAGGAUGGGUCCACAGGCACCAGAUCGACAGGAAGAAGUCUGGAGGGAAGCCGAAGAUAGUGAAAAAAGCUAAAAUAGCGCAGAAAGCGCAGCUUAGGAAGACCAACAUCUCCAGAUAUCUUCCCAUCCAGACCCAUCGUUCCAUUGACAGUCAGAUACAAGUGUUCCCUGCCGGUCCAGAGAUCAGCUACAGUGACUUCAUGGACGCCAUCGACCGGCGUGAGGACACCUUCUACGUGGUCUCCUUCAGACGGGAUCACCUGCUGUUGCCAGCCAUCAGCCACAACAAAACCACACGGCCCAAAAUGUCCCUGGUGAUGCCGGCUAUGUCCGUCAACGAGAGUUUAUAUAACAAAUCCCAGGGCUAUGAGAUGAUGAUGCAGGUGGAUUGUGAGGUCAUGGACACCCGGAUCAUCCCCAUCAAAGCCUCCGCUGUUCCCCCGUCGCUCCGCGACCCCCCUCCCGCUCCCCCCGCCCACCAUCACCACAGCAACCACACCUCCCUCCGAGGCCGCCACCAUCCCCACACCGGCGGAGCGGCGUCUCCACGGCAACCCUUACCUGCCAGCAGACAGGAGGCCGAGUAUUACAUCGGCCAGGGGGCGGGGUUUGAGGUUAGUGAAGGUGAACAAAUGAGUGGGGGAUUGGAGGAGAAAGGAGAGGAUCGUGUAAAACGGGAAGGAGAGGGUAGAGGGAAAACAGGAAGGAGAGGGUAAUGGGAGAUUGAAUAAGUGAAGUGAGAUGGAGAGGAGGACUUAAUAAGGGAGAGUAGGGUUGUAGGAGGCAGAUCUGUCAUGGAAUAAUGGAGGACAUCUGUACUAAUUGCAGCAAAUGAUUAACAAUGAAGUUACGGUGCCACAAUGUUGAAACGUUGUCCCAGCAACUCAAAGCAAAUGUGUUUUAUUCUACUGAAGACUCUGUAUAUUAAUAGACCAAUGAGUAAUACCCAUUUCACAAACCUGAUCUGUUCAAUAUAGAAAAAGUAAAAAAAGAUUUAAAAGGUUUACCAAUGGCUCCUAACUAAAUCAUUUCUUAAUAUAUACUUUUUGAAAAACUGCUCAAACAUAGACCUAUCAGUUCACUGCACUUAGACACAGCGCAGAAUUAAUCACUGAAAUAUAUGCAGCUAAUGUUAGUGGACUGCUCGUGGUUUCAUUUGAGGACCAUUUUUUUGUGUGUGUGACGGUUCCGUUUUGUAUAUUUUGUGUGUAUCGCUCUCCAUUGAAAUUCCAUUCAGAGGGCUCCUGCAGAAAAUUCAGGUCAGAUGCUCGUCAGCUUAGAUUUCGUUGUUUUUGUUUGUUUCUUUUAUUAUGUCAAAUGUGUUUGGAUUUGAAUGAGAAUUAUUUAACUUGUGUUUAUUGGUUGUAAAUAUCAAUGGUAGCUUUUGAGAUAUUGUUUUUUUUUUUCUUCAAAUUCAUAGCUAUGUUUUGCUCUGUCCUCAUCAUCUUAUGGGCACAAACCUUCCGUUCCUAUACUCCAGAAGUUAACACAUCAAGUACAUGGAUCGGCCUAAAUAUAUUUGCUUUGAAUGUAGACGACCACCUUGAUCAUACAGUGUGUUGUGUGUUUGUAUAUACUUGUCAUUUUUUUAAUCACUUGCACAAAGUCUUGCAACAUCGAGCUCGAUCCACUGUAUCUCCAUGUAAUUAGUACAGAAAGAAAAUAUAUAGGUUGUUAACAUCUGAAUACAUUCUCAAUGUCAUCAGCAAUAUAGCAACGUUAAAUUACUGACACCUUAUCCAGAAUCGAUCAUCCAGGUACUCUGUAAUUCUAGAAUUGAUUGUGUUUCUUAUACACGGUUUAUGUAAUGUAAUUCUGUAAGCAUCGUUUUCAGUUGUAUUUCGGGGUUUUACCCCCCCCCCCCCCCCCCAAUGCAGUCAACUUGAGUCUUCUGACCAAAAGUGGUUUCUGAAUCUUACAAUGAGAUUUGAAGUCAUUUUCGUUAGUUGCAAACUCUGUCUGUGAACUCUCGCUAUGUUUUUGUCUGUCAUGCUCUGCCUGAGGCACUGCACACACUUCUUCAGCAAGUGUUUUUGUUCGAGAUAAUGCCGUUUUACGGGAAUACCACCCAUUGUUUUUCAUUUUUAUAUAAAAAAUAUAAUUAUUCUUAUCAAAAGAAAUUAAAUAUUAAAAAAAUAAAAUUUUAUAUGAAGCUGUACAA